AAGAAGAUAGUCGACCAUUGGGAGGUACUUACCUGGACGGGGUCGACACUUGAUCAAGAAGAAGAGUGGCCUAAGCUAGUGACUUCCAUUGCACAUAACGGAAGGGUGCUUAGCUUAAGGUCUCCCCAAGUGGGAGAGCCUGCGUCAUUAUUUGUGGCAGCGGAGGCCUGCGUUCGCGCGGCCUCUCCCAUUUCCCAGCAGUUCAAUAUUUUGAAUCUCAGAUUUGAGUCGAUGUUAAUAUGAUUCAUGUGGGGGUGACUCCUAAACUCGUUGGAUCUCGUGCAUUCAAUCAAAAGUCGUUUGCUACUCUGUUCAGCUACGUUGUUAAAGUCCUUAAAAUAGAAAUUUUUGACUUAGUUCGUAGAUCUGACGUAAGCUUUCUCGGAUAUUGGGUUCGUAUGUAGAUCUGUUCACUGAAAUUACAUACGAAACAUAUUUUAGUAAACAAAAUAAGUCUGUCAGAGCGUGUUAGUGUUUUUGCGUUACCCUCAUAGAUGUGGUUUUGGGGGUCGAAAGGAGCAUCUGGGUUCUCGUCUAGCUCCACUGCAGAAGAAGUCACACAUGGAGUUGAUGGAACUGGCCUCACUGCCAUUGUCACUGGAGCAUCGAGUGGUAUAGGAGUAGAGACAGCACGUGUUCUUGCACUGCGUGGUGUUCACGUAGUUAUGGCAGUGAGGAACACUGCCUCUGGUGCUAAAGUUAAGCAAGAUAUCCUCAAUCAAGUCCCUAGUGCUAAGCUCGACGUCAUGGAGUUAGAUCUCAGCUCUAUGGAAUCCGUCAGGAGAUUUGCAUCUGACUACAAAUCUACUGGUCUUCCACUAAACAUCUUAAUCAACAACGCUGGGAUUAUGGCAUGUCCUUUCAUGCUCUCUAAGGAUAACAUCGAGCUGCAGUUCGCAACCAACCAUCUAGGUCAUUUUCUGUUGACCAAGCUUUUGCUAGAUACAAUGAAGAACACAUCAAUUGAAAGCAAACGAGAAGGAAGGAUUGUUAAUCUAUCAUCAGAAGCUCAUCGCUUCUCCUAUCCAGAAGGAGUCCGGUUUGAUAAGAUCAACGACGUAUCAAGCUACAGUAGUAUUCAAGCUUAUGGCCAGUCUAAACUCUGCAACGUAUUACACGCUAACGAGCUUGCAAGGCAACUGAAGGAAGAUGGAGCUAAUAUAAAAGUAAAUUCACUUCAUCCAGGAGCCAUUAUGACAAGUCUUUGGCGCUACUUCAACAGCUAUUUGGCUGGAGCUGUUAGCGCAAUGGCUAGAUAUUUUAUAAAGACCGUUCCGCAGGGGGCAGCAACAACUUGCUACUUGGCAUUGAAUCCUCAGGUGGCAGGAGUUACAGGGGAAUACUUCACAGAUUGCAACAUUGCUGAGCCAACAUCACUUGCCAAAGAUUCAGAACUGGCCAAGAAGCUUUGGGACUUCAGCACUAAGCUUACUGAUUCACAUUCAGGAAAAAAUAGUUCUUGAAAGUAGAUCAUUUCAGUGAUUCUUUACUUUGAUGGUUUUCAUGUUUGAAAUAAAAUGAUAUAACAAUUCUGAAUAGUUUCAACUCUGCAAAAUGAUAUCAGUUUUUAUUUAUUUAUUACUACAAACUCGUUUGAUCUAUUUACCAACUAUAAACAACAACAAACCUUCAUUAUAUCUCA